CCGCGCCGGCCGCCCGCAGCACCCGCACGUCCUGCAGCUCCGGCAGCUCCCGCACGUCCUGCAGCUCCGGCAGCUCCCGCAGCUUCCCGCUCCGGGACAGGCUCUGUGCGGUUGUAGGAGGAGUUUGCGGUCACCUCUCCCCUCCGAGGCGCUGCGGCCGCAUUCCCCCGCCGAGGUACUCCCCCAGCCACCAAGAUGUCCAGCAAACGUGCCAAAGCCAAGACUACCAAGAAGCGCCCCCAGCGCGCCACCUCCAAUGUCUUCGCCAUGUUCGACCAGUCGCAGAUCCAGGAGUUCAAGGAGGCCUUCAACAUGAUCGACCAAAACCGUGAUGGCUUCAUCGACAAGGAGGAUUUGCAUGACAUGCUGGCUUCCCUCGGGAAGAACCCCACUGAUGAGUACCUGGAGGGGAUGAUGAGCGAGGCACCGGGGCCCAUCAACUUCACCAUGUUCCUCACCAUGUUCGGGGAGAAGCUGAACGGCACUGACCCUGAGGAUGUGAUCCGCAAUGCCUUCGCCUGCUUUGACGAGGAGGCCUCAGGCUUCAUCCACGAGGACCACCUGCGUGAGCUGCUGACCACCAUGGGGGACAGGUUCACCGAUGAGGAGGUGGAUGAGAUGUACCGGGAGGCGCCCAUCGACAAAAAGGGCAACUUCAACUACGUGGAGUUCACCCGCAUCCUGAAGCAUGGGGCCAAGGACAAGGACGAUUAGAGCCCAGGGCUACUCACCCCUUCUGUCUCAUGCUGUGCACACUCCCCACACCUUGGCCCCCCCUUGCUGCCCCACAGCAGAUUCCUCCCAUGGGAAACACCUCCCAGGACCAUCACCCUGCGUCAGGACACGCUUGGAGGGGACACAGUCCCAUCACUGUGCCGCUGUGUGCCCAUCCAGCCUCUCUCAUCACCUCUCCCACCCAGCCUGGCUGUGCCCCUCUGCCAGCAGCCGUUGACCCCCUCAAAGCCACCAUGUUACUGUUCCUAGGGCUGGGGUGAGCAUCCCCUGCUGACUUGCAGGGAUUUGGGCCAGCUCCAGCCUGAGUGAGCCCCAUUCAGGGCCAUAGCACAGAAGAAAAGCCUCUCUCCCUCUCCUCCCACACUCCCCCUUCAGUAAAGAACCCACACUUUGUCCCUCCUCCCUGGCUGUUUUAUGGCUUUAGAGCCUGAGAUCUGAGGGAUUCGGGAAGCUGAAGGGGUGGAUAAAGCCUGACGGCUGUGACAGAUG